AUGCCUUUCUUGUUACAGGCAACUCUUAAUCCAAAAUGGAAUGGCUUGGUUUUGUUAGCCGAAGAAGCUGCUGCAGCAAUGGCUAAAGAAAAGUUGGAACAAGAAGGCCACAAUGUUGUUGUCAGUAACGACGACAACACUGUUAAAGCUAAUGACUUGGUUGUUGGGAAUGAAGAUGAUCAUGAAACUCAUCAACGCCGCCGCAAAAGGAUUCGGGUUCGACCCCCUUAUCAUGAAACUCAUCAACCCCGCCGCAAAAGGAUUCGGGUUCGACCCCCCUUGACGGCGGUGCCAAGAUUGCCUCAAGAGUUGGAGGCGAAGUUCAAAGAGAUGUGUGGAGAAAAUCCUAUCUGUCUUAUCCUACAAAAAUUAUUGUAUGAAACCGAUGUAUCAGGGACACAUGCUAGGAUAUCGAUGCCGUUCAACCAAAUCAAGAGUUUUGAUUUUUUAACUGAAGAAGAAAAGACGAUGCUCCAUCAAGAAGCAGAGAAGUUGUAUGCCCGUGACCGGAAAACCAUUACAGUGACACUAAUAUACAAGCCAAGAACCAAUGGCGGUGAUGGUCUUGAUGAUGCUGUGAAGGAAACUGAGAUGAAACUUGGACAGUGGAACAUGAACAAGAAGAAGGGCAAAAGUGGAAAAGAAAAGAAGAUCAGUCGCAUGUAUGUGUUGAAUGGCAAUCACAAAGAAGUUGUUGAAGAGAAUAUGCUGGAUGAAGAUGUUGAAAUUCAAAUAUGGGCUUCAAGAAAAACUAUAGAUCAAAAGCUUUGCUUGGCACUUUUUGUUCCUGAGAAAGACCAAGAGGAUAUACUCAUGAUUGAAAAGGUUUAAAUGGUGGGUGGAGUCUAUGCUGAAAAUUUAUUUACUGGUAAAAUUUAUGAUUUAGAGUGUGUAAAUUUAUUUUUAGUAUUGUUACUUUAUUCACAAGUAACAAGUUUAAAGUAGAAACUGAUCGGAUUCCUCAAUAUUUCUCCUCCUUUACUUUUUUGGUUUUGCUACCAAAGAAAUUGUUA